AUGUGUGAAAUCAGAAAAGGGAAGACAAAGAAUCUAGCUACACCAGAUUUUAUUUUGAGGAAGUGGCAGGAAACUUGGAACACUUCUGAAUAUAAAGAAAAGUAUGACAAGUUUUCUACAAAUAGGCAUAGUGAGGCUGGAGGGGCAGGAUCUGGCAUUUCCAGACACGCUUGUGGAUCAGUUUCAAAAUAUACCCAUCAACAAAGGAUGAGAGAAAGAUUAAGAAGAGAAUCAUAUCCUCAUGAGCUUUUCGAGGCCACACAUAAGAGAAAGGGGACGGAGGAGUUUGUUGAUGCUAGGGCAAAAGCUAUUUAUGAGGCAGCAACACAACAACAGGAGGGAAGCAGUAAGCUGACACCCAUAAAUGAGGCCCAACUUUACUACGAGGCAGUUGGCGGGCAAAAAAAGAGUCGAUUUUAUAGAUUAGGGUCUCAGGCUUCUGCAUAUUUUCAUGAAUCAUCACAUUGUUCUGCUUCAUACAUGUCUGCACCCCGAAUGGAUCCUCCUACCAUUGAAGCAAUGAACAGGAUGCAUAAUAAAAUUGAUCGGCUAGAGACAGAGAAUAGUCGACUUAACACAGUGGUGGAGGAGUUGCAGGUGUUUAUGCAUAGGAUGAUGGCACAACAGGGUGUUGAGACAUCCACUCAGACAUCUGCUCCUCUGGCACCUCCAGCUCCGUCUCCACAACAGCAGCAUGAUGAUGCCCCUGUCAUUGGUGAUCAUCAUACAGACAGUGAUGAUGAUACAGAUAAUGAGUUUGCUAGUUUAAUUUAG